GGCCAUGGCGGGAGCGGCGCGGCGGGACGGGACCGGGGCCGGGACCGGGGCCCCCCCGGGCCGGACAGCGCGGCUCGGGCUGCUGCUGCUGCUCGGGGCGGCGGCCGUGUCGCUGGCAGGAGCCCAGGUCACCUCUGAGACCAAAGAAGUGCCUGAAAACCAAUCCGCCGACAUCCCCUGCGCCGCCUACCGAUCCAGCUGGAGCAACCCCCGCAUCGAGUGGAAGUUCCAGAAGGGCUCCUCGCUCGUGCUGUUCUACUACAGCGGGGAGCUGACAGAGCCGUACAAGAACCGUGUCCAGUUCUCUCCCACCACCAUCCACUUCAGCUCGGUGACGCGGGCGGACACGGGCAAAUACAUCUGCGAGGUGGUUGGGGACGGCAGCAACAUCGCCAAAUCCGAGGUCAACCUCAUCGUGCAAGUGCCCCCGUCCAAGCCCGUGGCUCACGUGCCCAGCUCGGCCACCAUCGGCAGCAAGGCCGUGCUGCUCUGCUCCGAGAGCGACGGCUCCCCCCCGCCCACCUUCCGCUGGUACAAGGAUGGGACGCUGAUGCCCAGCGACCCCAAGAGCAGCCUCACCUUCAGGAACUCCUCCUACAGCCUGGACUCUGCCACGGGAGAGCUGAUCUUCCAGCCCCUGAGCGCCUUCGACAGCGGCGACUACUCGUGUGAGGCCACCAACAACGUGGGGUCUGCGCAGAGAUCCGAGGCCAUCCACAUGGAAGCCAGCGAGGUGAACGUGGGCGGCAUUGUGGCCGCCGUCGUGGUGCUGCUCAUGGUGCUGGCGCUCGUGGCCUUUGGCGUCUGGUUCGCCUACAGUCGAGGCUUCUUCAAGAGAAAAGACUCGGGCGGCAAGAAGGUGAUUUACAGCCAACCCUCACACCGCAGCGAGGGAGAGUUCAAGCAGACCUCGUCCUUCCUGGUGUGAGCUGCUGCUGCCUCUUGUCGUUGUUCCCGAUUCCUGCAGCUCCGUCGGGAUUUUUACCGUUCUUGGGGUUUUUACGUACCACGUGGUGCCUUUGGGGGUCACCUCAGGUGGGGCUGGGGGCGGCUGAGUCUCCUGUGACCCCCCCCUCGUGCCCUCCCCAGCAGGACCCGGAUUCCGCACAGGGGUCGCUGCCCUUUGGAGCCGUCGCUGUGGCCCCGGGGGGUGUCUUGUCCCCGGGGGGGGGGGCUGAUGUAACCCCAGGUGUUCUCCCCUCUGCUUUUUGGGGGGGUGGGAGCACAUCUACCCCACUGCCAGUCCCACCCACUGGUCCCAGUUGCCGGUGUGUACUGGGGAGGGCCGGACCACUGGAAGGAAAUAAACCUGUGUCCUCAAA